AAAGGGGCCGUCCCAUCUCUACUAUGUCUCUAACUUUAUGGCUGUUGUACAGAUUUAAAAAGGACACAGCUGCUCAGUUGAGUUUACUCUUACACGGUGGAGCUGACUGCUGGACUGGACUCUGAACUACCCACAAGGCACUAGUUCCCUAGUUCUCCUCCAGCCUUUGUGUGAAGGAGAAGCCAGUGGCAUUGUCCCAAAGGUCUGUAUGUAAGAUGAGAGAGGGAGGAUGUUGGAUUCGUCAAUAAGGCAUCCAUCCAGUGGCUCAAGAAACCUGUGAGUAUACUUUUUUAUCUUCUUGAUUCCUAUGAGCUGUAUUGGAAAUGUAGUAUUGCCUUAUGGUCAUGCAAUGGAACAAUCAUGGAAGUUUAAGUGUAUCAAUUUCAAAUCAGUAUUGUAAAGGUCUUUUUCAGGCAGAUUCUGAUUAUCCGUUCCCCUGACAAGGAUAAUAGUGAUCAAUAUGAAGUGAAGAUUCUUGCAGUUCACACUGACCAUCUACAUUACUGUAACACAUUGGUGCUUUGUAAGCCAGAUACACAGUAUGUGAUGGUAUUGGCUCUGACAUUGUCUCGUUUGUUAGGCCCAACAUCAUGAAAUCCUGUGUGAAAGCUAAAUGCCUGUCUGAUUUUCACUAGCAGAGAUAGGAAAUGAGCAGGGCCAUGUAGACCAAAUUGUGCAGGGUCCUUGGGACGUCCCUGCCCUAAACCCUAACCAUAACCAUAACCAUAACCCCUAACCUUAACCCCAACCCCUAACCUUAACCCUUCUCUUAACCCUUACCUUAACCGUUUAACAUUUCAAUGGACCGUUUUAAAUUUCAAGUGACGUCGGUUCCCACUUAGACUUCCCAAGGAUCCCACUUAGACUUUUCCAUUGUACAGUAGCAACGUUAACUUUGUAAAGGUAAAAAAGGAGACUUGAGUUCCAGAAUUCAGUCGAAGUAAAAGUUUUAAUACAGAGCUUUGAGGGGCAGGUGGUCAUGCGAAAAUACACAUGCUAUUAGCACCAGUUGCUUAAAAGCCACAGCCAGUAAAUAAAAAGCAAAUUAUUUCUCAAGACUAAUAUAGUCAUUCUGAAUUGUGUAUACAUGGCAUCGUUACAGAAAAUGGUUGAUAUGAAACUUAUCAAAUGUUUAGCUGAACAAUGAGAACAGUGAAACAUUUGCUACUUUGGGUACAGAGAGUGAAGUUCAGCAGCUUGAGCCAGUUCAAGGUUUGGAUUGUCACGAGUUGAGGCCUCUGAGAAAUGUGUGUCCUGUGUGAUCUGGGUCGUAGUUAGGCAUCCGGCUGGCCCCGACAGCCAUAUGGUACAUUGUGUUUCUAGACCAUGUGUUAGGGAAGUGAAAAUGACCUCAGCUGCUUGACAUGUAAGAAGAAUGUGUUGAGUAGAUUGAAAUACUUCUCUGUUACAAUUGCUAGGAUUGUCUCAAGGUUUCAUGGUCUCAUCUGUGUAUUAAUGAAAAAUACAAUACAUCUGAUUCUCACUACUCCAUCUACACAGUUAGUUAGGUAGUUGUCCUUGACUUACAUUUAUUAAAAACUUGAACAUACAUUAUAACAUUUAGAUAAUCAAAGUGUAACUAAUUAACUAAAGCAGUCAUUUCAAAGUGUGAUGUGUGACAUUUGCACCCUUGAGCAACAACACCCUGUGCAUACAUUACAGGGCACACAGAGAGUAUCAGAGUUGAACCAGUUGACCUAGAUUUGCUUAUGCCAGGUUGCUUCACCCUGUAUGACUCACAGUUAAAGUGUAAAACAGUAGGGUAAAAAGUUAAAGAUCAAAUUCCAAUGACAAAAGGUAUGCACAUUCAAUAACAGGGCAUGUAUCCACAAAGAGUCUCAGAGUAGGAGUGCUGAUCUAGAAUAUUUCUAUAUAAUCUUAUUCUUUAUGAUCUAAAAGGCUAAACGGAUCCUUUGAUUUGGUAAACCCACAAUAACAAUGUGAUAUUUGCUCUUGGUUAAACCGUAACGAUGGUCAUGGUCUAGGCCAGCAGUUCCCAAACUGUGGGGCGCACAAAAAAAAAAAGGAACUCAGUCCAGCUUUCAACUUACUCCUUAAAUUUGCAAUAGUGCACAAGGUGCAAUUUCGAAAUUGGUAGUGUAUCAGCAGUUUUCCAGUGUUCCCCAAUGCUGGAAGAGGAGCCUGAGUGAAAAAGUUUGGGAACCCCUGGUCUAGGUUAGGGCUAGGCCUACUUGUUGAUAGAUCCUUUCAGAGAGAUUUGGUACUAUAAUACUCACAUCUAAAACUUAAAACUUUUACUAACAUUAUUAUUGUCUUACUCAUUUCAUCCUCGAUCUAGUUUGAUAGUUUUAGCAGCAGUGUCUUUAAGCAGUGGCGUGUAUUCAUGGAUGCCAAGGGAAGCCAGGUUUCCCCCCAAUAUGUUUCAUAAUUUUCCUUCAGUUCGCAAGAGGCUGAAUGUACAGUAUCUCACCGGAGAAAGCAUCUGAGUGAGUGAAACAGCAUCCCUCUGUCUCUGUAGGUAUAGCCCGUCCGUAGCAUUGAAUGCAAGGGAAACCAGCAAGCAUUUAGCCUCCCUUAAUAAAAAAAGUAUACAAUAAUAGCCAAUUAGCGUUGAGCUAAACUGAGUGAGCGCAAUUGUAAAUGGUCCUGGUGCACCAAAAGGGAAGGUAGCUUGGUGGUUAAGAGCGUUGUGCCAGUAACCGAAAGGUCGCUGGUUCUAAUCCCCGAGCCGACUAGGUGAAAAAUCUGUCGAAGUGCCCUUGAGCAAGGCACUUAACCCUAAUUGCUCCUGUAAGUCGCUCUGGAUAAGAGCGUCUGCUAAAUGACUAAAAUGUAAAUGUAAAUGGAAGCCAGUUUGGAUUUGGCUCCACACAAAUCACAUCACAUCAAAAGCAAAAUAUAAUUGACAGGAUUUUUUUUGAAUUGUUGCAUCUCAUUGUGUCGUUGUCCUCCAGUGGCUAGCUAGCUACCUACAUUUACAUUUACAUUUUAGUCAUUUAGCAGACGCUCUUAUCCAGAGCGACUUACAGGAGCAAUUAGGGUUAAGUGCCUUGCUCAAGGGCACAUUUACGUCAUUUAGCAGACGCUCUUAUCCAGAGCGACUUACAAAUUGGUACAUUCACCCUAUAGCCAGUGGGAAAACCACUUCACAAUUAUUAUUAUUAUUAUUUUUUUUUGGGGGGGGGGGGGGUAGAAGGAUUACUUUAUCCUAUCCCAGGUAUUCCUUAAAGAGGUGGGGUUUCAAAUGUCUCCGGAAGGUGGUGAGUGACUCCGCUGUCCUGGCGUCGUGAGGGAGCUUGUUCCACCAUUGGGGUGCCAGAGCAAAAAAUUGCCUCUUUCCUAAAUUAGCCAUGGAUGGAGAUAGGGAUUUAGACUUGUGGUUUUACUUAAUUCUCCAUACUGGCCAAUAAUUAUAAUGGCGAUUCUGAUCCAACCAUAAAUUCAUACAUUGUGCCCCUGGCCCUAAGAGGAUGGAAGUUCUGUAUGUAGCUAGAUGUAGUAGGCUAAUUUUAACUAGCUGACUCAUCGUUGCUCGUGAAAGGAAGUUAGGCUAGCGAGCAAGCAUUCUAGCCAGGUAGCCUAGGACAACAAAAACUAAAAGCGUUUACUGUAUAACACAGUCAUAGACCGUUUCGUCAACAUGAAAGAGAGGAGGAUGGCAUUGGCAUUUCUCUACAAGUAGGCCUAGGGUGAGUCAACAUGUUUUUUCUACUUGCAUGCAUGCAUGCAUACACACACACACACACACACACACACACAUAAAUCAGAACCAUGGACAGCCACAUCAUAUUUAGCUUACGUUGAUUGGACUAAAUUGUUUUUGGUAUCUUUUAGUUAUCACUGUAUUAGACUAAGCAUACAGUAGGUGAUUUGAUGAUGUUGAAAUGUUGAAGAUGAAAUGGUUCUGGAAUAGUGGAGGGAGCUCCUGUUUUCUUUGCAACUCAUGGUAACUCCUUGGUUCUAACUCAAUAGUAGUUUAGUUUAGUAGUCCGAAAAUGUCGGAAACAUUAACUUGCUGUAGGUCAUGUAACUGUUUGUUACAUGCAAUAUGCUUUGUGGACUUCACCGAACAGAGGUUACUCUCCAGUGUGAUGGAAUUUAUUCUACCACUGUGUCUUCUUAUUGUCUCAGCCUUAGGCCUACAGUGGGGAAAAAAAGUAUUUAGUCAGCCACCAAUUGUGCAAGUUCUCCCACUUAAAAAGAUGAGAGAGGCCUGUAAUUUUCAUCAUAGGUACACAUCAACUAUGACAGACAAAAUGAGAAAAUAAAUUCCAGAAAAUCACAUUGUAGGAUUUUUAAUGCAUUUAUUUGCAAAUUAUGGUGGAAAAUAAGUAUUUGGUCAAUAACCAAAGUUUCUCAAUACUUUGUUAUAUACCCUUUGUUGGCAAUGACACAGGUCAAACGUUUUCUGUAAGUCUUCACAAGGUUUUCACACACUGUUGCUGGUAUUUUGGCCCAUUCCUCCAUGCAGAUCUCCUCUAGAGCAGUGAUGUUUUGGGGCUGUCGCUGGGCAACACGGACUUUCAACUCCCUCCAAAGAUUUUCUAUGGGGUUGAGAUCUGGAGACUGGCUAGGCCACUCCAGGACCAUGAAAUGCUUCUUACGAAGCCACUCCUUCGUUGCCCGGGCGGUGUGUUUGGGAUCAUUGUCAUGCUGAAAGACCCAGCCACGUUUCAUCUUCAAUGCCCUUGCUGAUGGAAGGAGGUUUUCACUCAAAAUCUCACGAUACAUGGCCCCAUUCAUUCUUUCUUUUACACGGAUCAGUCGUCCUGGUCCCUUUGCAGAAAAACAGCCCCAAAGCAUGAUGUUUCCACCCCCAUGCUUCACAGUAGGUAUGGUGUUCUUUGGAUGCAACUCAGCAUUCUUUGUCCUCCAAACACGACGAGUUGAGUUUUUACCAAAAAGUUAUAUUUUGGUUUCAUCUGACCAUAUGACAUUCUCCCAAUCCUCUUCUGGAUCAUCCAAAUGCACUCUAGCAAACUUCAGACGGGCCUGGACAUGUACUGGCUUAAGCAGGGGGACACGUCUGGCACUGCGGGAUUUGAGUCCCUGGCGGCGUAGUGUGUUACUGAUGGUAGGCUUUGUUACUUUGGUCCCAGCUCUCUGCAGGUCAUUCACUAGGUCCCCCCGUGUGGUUCUGGGAUUUUUGCUCACCGUUCUUGUGAUCAUUUUAACCCCACGGGGUGAGAUCUUGCGUGGAGCCCCAGAUCGAGGGAGAUUAUCAGUGGUCUUGUAUGUCUUCCAUUUCCUAAUAAUUGCUCCCACAGUUGAUUUCUUUAAACCAAGCUGCUUACCUAUUGCAGAUUCAGUCUUCCCAGCCUGGUGCAGGUCUAUAAUAUUGUUUCUGGUGUCCUUUGACAGCUCUUUGGUCUUGGCCAUAGUGGAGUUUGGAGUGUGACUGUUUGAGGUUGUGGACAGGUGUCUUUUAUACUGAUAACAAGUUCAAACAGGUGCCAUUAAUACAGGUAACGAGUGGAGGACAGAGGAGCCUCUUAAAGAAGAAGUUACCGGUCUGUGAGAGCCAGAAAUCUUGCUUGUUUGUAGGUGACCAAAUACUUAUUUUCCACCAUAAUUUGCAAAUAAAUUCAUUAAAAAUCCUACAAUGUGAUUUUCUGGGAAAAAAAAUCUCAAUUUGUCUGUCAUAGUGGACGUGUACCUAUGAUGAAAAUUACAGGCCUCUCUCAUCUUUUUAAGUGGGAGAACUUGCACAAUUGGUGGCUGACUAAAUACUUUUUUCCCCCACUGUAUAUAGCAUGGUGGCAAGGCAUAUGCACUAACAGGUUAUAGAACAAACAACGCAAUUAUCACAACACAUAAGUUGAAAUAUGGCAUUUUCUUCCGGCUUGGAUUCCCCAGUGAUUUUACCCGCGCACCGCUACUAACUUUAAAUAUUUCUUAAUGAAAUCUUUAGUUUCCUCUUUUUCUAGGCUCUGAAGGCUGGCCGGGUUGAAACUGUUCAAUCAGAUAUAUCUUCACUUCAGAUCUGAAGUUCCUCCAGAAGACUACCUCACCUCACCUGACCUGACGGGGACCAGAUACAAUACAGCCAUGUCUCUGCUGAUCCAUGUUCUGGCCUGCUGCUUCGGCCUGGGCUCCUGGGUGGCUGUCAACGGCCUGUGGGUGGAGCUCCCCCUCAUUGUCAACACCCUCCCCGAGGGCUGGGAACUACCAUCCUACCUGACAGUCAUCAUCCAGCUGGCCAACCUGGGGCCUCUGCUGGUCACUGUCAUGCACAAGCUGUGUCCGGGCCGGCUGAGGGAGAGCGCUGUCAUCUACAGUGUGUUGUUCAUCGGCGUCCUGGCCUGUGUGCUGUUGGCGUUCUUCUGGGAUGAGACCACGGUGGUGGCAGCGGCGCCACGGAGCACGGUCUUCUUUAUUCUAACCCUUUUCCUGGCCUUGGUGGAUUGUACUUCCUCUGUGACCUUCCUGCCCUUCAUGAUGCAGCUGCCAGCCAACUACAUCACCACCUACUUCAUUGGAGAGGGCCUGAGUGGCUUUAUCCCUGGUCUGGUGGCUCUUGCCCAGGGCGUCGGCAUGGCCAAGUGUGUAAAUGGCACUCAGUCCUCUGGUAACCUUUCUGAAAAGGACAUGUACAUUGUCCAGACCCAGUAUCUACAGUCCAACUUUUCCACCGAGGUGUUUUUCUUCUUCCUGGCGGCGAUGAUGUGCAUCAGCCUGGUGGCGUUCUCUGCCCUCAACAGGCUCCCACGCACCUUUGAACUGUCCACAGAGAACCUGGUUCCAGACACUGACACAGUGGCGUCGGUCUGCUCUGGUCUUGACAACCCUGGAGUGGUAACCGACGAGCAGAAUUCGAACCCAAAACACCACAGUGAGGAAUCAGGUCAGGCUAGGCCACAGCUGGCUAAACCAGGCCACUCUGUUUAUCAGUUAGCUUUUAUCUAUUUCAUGGUGGUUUGUGUGAACGGGGCGACCAACGGCCUGUUGCCCUCGGUGCAGACGUACUCCUGUAUGCCCUACGGUAACCUGGCUUAUCACCUGUCGGCUGCUCUGGCAUCCUGUGCCAACCCAGUGGCCUGUAUAGUCGCCCUGUUCUUUCCUAAAAGGUAAAACCCCAAAUAGCCUCAAGCUUUCCUCUUUUAUUGACGAUAAAGCAACAACAAACAUUUAUGGAAAUACACUCAAAUCAAUAUGUAUAAUUAUUUAAGUUUUGAUAGCAUUAUGUGCAGAAAUUGCUUCCUGCUGUUAAAUAAGUAAACAUUUUUUACAGCAUUCUCAGGUGAACAUAUAUAUUGUGUGUACACUGACAUACAAGACAUUCAGCUACCCAUCACUGCAGCUAUCUCAGUGGUUAUCUAAAUGUUGAAUGACUUCCUUCAUAUAUACAGUUAGCUAACUGUUUUCUGGUUUCCUGUCCUGUGCUCAGGUCACUGGUGUUGCUGGGUGUACUGUGUCUCCUGGGCUCAGUCUUUGGAGGAUACAACAUGGCCAUGGCCGCCAUGAGUCCAUGUCCACUACUACAAGGCUCUGCGCUGGGAGAAGCCAUCAUAGUGAGUGACACCUCCACCUGUAGAGAUAGGCCUCAGUCCAGAUACACUUUCUAAGACUUAUCUAUCAAACUAUCACAGUUAUUGAUCCUUGGUAUUCAAGAAAAGCAAAGGUAACAAAGUUGUUGCGGUCCCCCCUCAGUGCACGUUUUGGUUUUUGCCCUAGCACUACACAGAUGAUUGAAAUAACCAACUCAUCAUCAAGCUUUGAUUUGAAUCAGCUGUGCUAGGGCAAAAAAACAAAACGUGCACCCAUGGGUUGGUGCUGGGAAACCCUGGGAGUGCACAUUUUUGUUUUCCCCCUAGCACUACACAUCUGAUUCCACUAAUCAACUCAUCAUCAAACCUUUGAUUAGUAUAGAAUCAGGUAUGUAUGUCGCGCUAGGGCACUUGAAUUCUUACACUUUAAUAGUGCGUUUGAGUAGUACGUGUUGCAUAAGCCUGACUAAUAAAGUCACAAUGUAAUCCUCAGGUCCUGUCGUGGGUCUUCUUCACGGGGACCCUGUCCUAUGUGAAGGUAAUGGUGGGUGUCAUCCUGAGGGACGAGAGCCACAGCGCCCUGGUGUGGUGUGGAGCAGCGGCACAGACAGGCUCUCUGCUCGGCUCUGCCAUUAUGUUCCCUUUGGUCAAUGUCUGCAACCUGUUCGAGUCAGGAGACUUCUGCAACACCAAGUGCCCUUUAUGAUGAUGACUUAUACCUGAGACACUAACAUACCCGCUGG